AUGGCCCCGACGGGCACCUACUUGCCCAUGACGCGCUGCAUCUUGCGUGCGCUGACAGACGAUGGAUACAGGGAGGUAAUGAGCAAGCCUCUGGGGUCGUACUCACUGCAGUGGGAGAUAGCGCAGAAUCAUGCGACUCUAUGUCUGCAUCAGGUCGUCGAUGGCACAGACACCUAUCCGUCCCUGUGUGUCGUGGACCUGCUCCCAUCCACCCACUGCAGCCUCAGCACUGAUACGGCAGUUACAAUGGUGGUUCUUCCACCCGGCCCCAUUUCUAGUGACAACGCCGGCAAAAGUAUCGCGGAGGAAGCUUACCACGAUGAGGUCCUGGCCAGCUGUGUUGCUAUUCACCUUAACAGAAGCCUCCGCGGAGCGACGGCGCUCGCCACAGCACGCGCUCUCGAGGAUCUCCUCAUCGAAGAUGAGGCUAUCGUGCGGGUGAGUGGCGGUUGCCACGAUUGCGUGUUUGUGGUGAAUGCGUUGGGGGCAGCUGCCAAACGGUCGUCGUGCAGCGCGGCGAUGAUGGUGAGUCCCGAGUUGUUUCGCAACUUACGAGCUGCCCUCUACAGUCAUCCAUCACAGGUGCUCAUGUCAUCCAUGCAGUCGGUGAACUACUCUGACACGGUGCUGUACCUUUCCGUGGACGCUUUUCAGGCAGUAGAAGACGAGUCUGGCGAGCUUCUUCACAGGUCUGCCGCUGUACAGAAGUGCGCCCUCACAAAGAUUGUUUUGUGCCCUGCGGUAAACGAUGCAGCGAUGACAGAGCUGUACGGGCUCUACUACCCUGACCUAUGCGCACUGUUCACCGCUGCCGCAGCGUCCGCUUGGGAGGGCCGCCUCGUCAGCACAGGCGACGUUCUCUACUUUGAAGAGGACACGCUCAACAUGGUGGCUCAGCGACUCGAAGGCGUGGAUGUGCUGGAGACUGUGGCCCGCGUGCUGUCGCAUGAGGUGCGCAAAUGGGCAGAAACGUGGGUGGACGAACACGUCUCCAGCCGCCAUCUCCUAGCCCUGCGCGUUACACGGCUGGAGAGCCAAGGCGUCUCAGUCCCCUUUGGUAUUCUGCACAACUGUGGUAAUGGGGCGGACACCGUCGAGGUGGCGCUCGUGCAUCAGCGUAACAGCUUCGACUGGGACGUCACACCGGUGUGGGCACCGUCGCCAGCGCAUGGACUUGCCGCGGUCAGUGUGUACGCUCGCCUCCGCGGUGUGCUGCGCAGUGUCGUGACGCCAUCGCUGGAGCGCGGCGUGCACACCUUCGUUGUUCAUGGGAUCAAAGAGAACCUGCCGCGUGAGUUUGUCGAGUGCGCUGUUACGGAGUUUGGUCUUCCAAUUCUUCUUGCAUCUGCAGAGGGAAUGAGGGAGGCGGAGCUGGAGCGGUUGACCCGCACAUUUCUCGGCGACACGUGUGGCGCGGCGACCGUGUUGAUCGUUCACAACGCGCACACAAUCGCUGACUCGUGUCCGCACUUGCUGUCAGUUCUUGACGAGGUGAGCAGUGGUGUGCCAGCGUCGGUGGCAGAGAGUCGACCGCCGGGAUCUCGCAUACUUUUUCUCCUCUGUGAAUCUCUUGAGGCGGUGCCACCGAUGAUCGCAGCUCGCGCCACCAACACAGACGGGGUGCUGGAGUGCCGCAACCCAUCCGAGGACGACCGAGCUUUGUUCAUUGCACCGCUGCUCCAGUGGAGCUGCGAGCGCCAUCGCGUCCAUGCAAGCAUCCUUCUGUCUCCGAGGACGCUCGCCGGCUGGACGGUGGGUCUGACAUACGCCGACAUAGUGGCGCUUGUGGAAGCGUGCGUCCGCGAUGCCGCACAUAGCGCACAGUGCACCGGAGAGGCACUGGCAGUCGUCAGUGACGUCUCGUGCGAGUCUGUGGUGCAGUCGUAUCUCAAGUCACACGGACACAGUGUGGUGUCCACCAAGCUGCAGCCCGUCCGGUGGAGCGAUGUGGGUGGGCUGGAGGAAGCCAAGCGGGAGCUACGCGAAAUGAUCCAACUCCCCAUCCUACAUCCCGAGAUGUUCGAGAAUGGCAUGAAGAAGAGGACAGGUGUUCUCUUUUACGGCCCCCCCGGCUGCGGUAAGACCCUUCUGGCCAAAGCUGUCGCCACGGAGAUGAACAUGAACUUUAUGUUUGUCAAGGGACCCGAGCUGAUCAACCAGUACGUUGGUGAGAGCGAAAAGAACAUUCGGCUCUUGUUUCAGCGGGCACGUGACAACUCGCCGUGCAUUGUAUUCUUCGAUGAGAUCGAUGCACUGGCGCCAGCGCGUGGCGCGAAGGGCGACGCCGGCGGCGUCAUGGACCGGAUCGUGUCUCAGCUCCUGGUGGAGGUGGACGGCGUUGGCCAGAAGUGCUCUGACGGCACGGCAGGUGGCGACGUGUUCAUCAUUGGCGCCACGAAUCGACCUGACCUGCUCGAUCCCGCGCUCCUGCGCCCUGGCCGCUUUGACCGCUUGUGCUACCUCGGUAUCCCAUCGACGCGCGACGAGCAGCUCUUUACCCUCAAGGCGCUGACCCGCAAGUUCGACAUGCAUGCCGACGUUGAUCUCUUGGCAGUGCUGGAGCCGCUGGACUUUGUGUACACCGGCGCUGACUUCUUCGCUCUGUGCUCGGACGCCAUGAUGUUUGCCGUAGAGGACGCUCUGGAGGAGGUGCCAGGGCAGACCACGACCGAUGCGCUAGCGGAGACCAUGGCUGCUGGUACACCACACGCCACUCUUCCACCUGCGACGUCAGCGGCUGAGGAGGAAUCGAGGCCGAUAAAGGUCUCCAUGGAACACUUCCUCCGUGCUCGGGCACAACUGAUGCCCUCCGUAACGAAGGCGGACCUUCACAAGUACGAAGCCCUUCAACAUAAGUUCAACAAGUCGAGCAAGCGCUAG